AUGGCGUCCCCACGCGAGGAAAAUGUGUACAUGGCCAAGCUGGCCGAGCAGGCCGAGCGCUACGAGGAGAUGGUUGAGUUCAUGGAGAAGGUCGUCGGCGCUGUCGACGGCGACGAGCUAUCCGUGGAGGAGCGAAACCUACUAUCCGUUGCCUACAAGAACGUCAUCGGCGCCCGCCGCGCCUCCUGGCGGAUAAUCUCCUCCAUCGAGCAGAAGGAGGAGAGCCGCGGCAACGAUGCUCACGUAUCGGCCAUCAAAGGUUACAGAUCCAAGAUCGAGGCCGAGCUCUCUUCCAUCUGCGACGGCAUUCUCAACCUCCUCGACUCGAAGCUCAUCGGAUCUGCAGCCAGUGGAGAUUCCAAGGUCUUCUACUUGAAGAUGAAGGGCGACUACCACCGCUAUCUGGCGGAGUUCAAGACAGGAGCUGAGCGCAAGGAAGCAGCUGAAAACACGCUCUCCGCGUACAAAUCCGCUCAGGACAUUGCUAAUUCGGAGUUGGCUCCAACCCAUCCAAUCCGACUAGGACUGGCACUCAACUUCUCAGUCUUCUACUACGAGAUUCUGAACUCUCCUGACCGAGCUUGUAAUCUCGCCAAACAGGCUUUUGAUGAGGCCAUUGCUGAGUUGGACACUCUCGGAGAGGAUUCAUAUAAGGAUAGCACCCUAAUCAUGCAGCUUCUACGUGACAAUCUGACCUUGUGGACUUCAGACAUGCAGGAUGACAUAUCUGAAGAGAACAAGGAAGCACCAAAGCCUGACAAGGAGUAA